CCGCUGCAAGGGCAAUCGACAAAUAGCGGCUUAGUGAGGUUAAUCAUAUCUCUGAGUAAUAUUUUAUUAACAAACAUUAAGUAUACCUACAAAUGUAUAAAUAUGUCAAUUUAACGAUAAAUGAUUUAGUUCGAUAAUAUCUCUUGUCGUGAUCUCUCGCAGAAAGUUAUCUUUUUUUUUUUUAUUCAAAAGUUUUUUUAUGUUAUUUAACAAUAUUAACAUUGAAAGUAUUGGUCUAUUUAGUGGUUUUGUUAAUAAAACUUUAAUUGAAUAAAUAAUUUUUUAACAAUGACUGAAAUAAGUAAUGAGUGUAAAAAAGUUUCUCAGUAUGGUUUAAUAGUGCCAAUAGAUCAUAAAUAUCCAGAACAAUGGAAACAAACUCUUCGGGUACGAUGGAGAGAAGUUUUGAAGCUGUUUGGCUUGGGAUUUCGAUUUCGAUCAUAUUGCAGCCAAGUUUCUCAGGAAGGACGUAUUCCAUUGAUGGAUUAUUCAAACCUUGUGAAUGACAGACAAAUUUAUGGCGUACCAAUAGGUGGAAUAGGAACAGGUUCAAUAGGUCGUGGAUUUAAUGGAGAGUUUUGUCGGUACGCAUUGAUACCAGGAAUUUAUAAAUACGAAACGGCACUUGCUAAUCAAUUUAUUGUCACAGUUCGAAACACUGACGGCAAGACUAUUUAUCACCAGGUGUUAUCGCCACUUUCUCGUGGCAAAUAUUUGUCUUCUUGGAAAUGGGGAUUUAACGGCAAGAAUGCUAAAUACACAGGACUUUUUCCACGAGCUUGGACAGAAUACGAUAUCAAAGAAUUGAAUGUUAAACUUAUUUGUCGACAAAUAUCACCGGUAAUCCCAAAUAAUUAUAAAGAUAGUUCUUUGCCGUGUGCAGCCUUCAUUUGGGAAAUAAUUAACGAGUCUAAUGUUGAUUUGGAUGUCAGCAUUACAUUUACAUUCCAGUCUGGUAUGGGCGGUUGUUCUUCAAUCCCAGGGGAAAAAUGGACAGAAUGUUUUGAAUAUAAAAAUGGAGUUAGGGGAGUGAUGAUACAUCAAGAAUUGAAGGGUAUGCCUUGCACGUAUGCAAUUGCUUCGAAAGCCAGUACUACGAGUGACGUUGACAUUUCACGGACGUUGAUAUUCGAUCCCUUUGGCGAUGGAAGUGAAUUGUGGGAGUUACUUGAACGUACAGGCAAACUUAAUACCUCAGCUACUCGACUUAAAUCUUCUCCAACACUGAAACAUGUCGGAUGCGCGGUAUGCUCUUCUCUGCGUGUUCAGGCAAACAACUCACGAGAAAUUGAAUUUUGCUUGGCUUGGGAUACUCCCAAAGUUCAAUUUCACUUUAAACUCAGACAAUAUUUAAGAUAUUAUACCAAAUAUUUCAAUAAUGAUAAAGAAACGGUAGUAAAGGAAAUAUCCCAUUAUACGUUGAUGAAUUAUAAUUCAUGGGAACAUGAUAUUUACAAUUGGCAACGACCCGUAUUGGAUGAUAUUGAUUUACCUGACUGGUAUAAAAGCGCACUGUUCAAUGAAUUGUACUACGUCGUCGAUGGAGGUACCGUUUGGUUGCGGGCUGAUGAAACCGAUAAAUUUAAAAACUCCGAUCCAAGAAAUGAAUACGGUCGUUUUGCGUAUUUAGAGGGCCAUGAAUAUCGAAUGUAUAAUACAUAUGACGUACAUUUUUAUGCUUCAUUUGCGUUGGCGCAGCUGUGGCCAAAUUUACAAGCUAGUUUACAGUACGAUAUUCAUGAUGCUAUUCAAAUUGAGGACUCAUCUUUGCGCACAACUUUUUACGAUGGUACUAAAUCUAUACGUAAAGCCAAAGGUUUUGUACCACACGACAUCGGGGAUCCUGAUGAAGAACCAUUUAAAAUGAUAAACGCAUACCCUAUUCAUAAUAUAUGUAACUGGAAGGAUUUAAAUUCAAAAUUUAUACUAACGUCCUACAGGGAUUUUAUUUUAACCGGUAAUCAGGAUAUGUUGAAAGAUUUUUGGCCGUCUAUCAAAGAGGUUUUAGAACACAGUCUCGCUUGGGAUACCGAUCAAGAUGGUCUCAUAGAGAAUAGUGGUUUUCCAGAUCAGACGUAUGAUACUUGGGUAAUGAACGGGCCUAGCGCUUACUGCGGAAGUUUAUGGUUGGCCGCACUUUGCUGUUCUCUUGAAAUCGCUAAAAUAUUUGAUGAUACUCAAUUUAUUAAAAAGUACACGGAGAUAUUAAAAAAAGGCAAGGAUGCAUUUCAGGAUAAAUUGUGGAAUGGAAGUUACUAUAAUUUCGAUUGUAGCAAAUCGGAUCAUCGACUUUGUAUUAUGAGUGAUCAGCUUUGUGGUCAAUUAUUUUUGCAAGCGUGUAAAUUAAAUCACAAGAUUUUUCCGGAAAAGCAAGUUAAAUCGGCUUUAAAAACAAUAUUCGAAAAUAAUGUUUUAAAAUACAGAGACGGUAAUCAAGGAGCAGUUAAUGGAUUUCUCCCGAGUGGUCGUAUUGACACGAUGAGUUUGCAAAGUGAGGAAAUGUGGACCGGUGUUAGUUAUGCACUUGCCGCUUUAAUGAUACACGAGGACAUGGUCGAGGAAGGUUUACGUACAGCAGAAGGAGUAUAUCGAACAGUCUGGGAGCAAAUAGGGUUAGCUUUUCAAACACCUGAAGCACUUUAUGAAAAAGGUGGAUAUCGAUCCGUUGGUUAUAUGAGACCUUUGUCUAUUUGGGCUAUUCACCAGGCAUUUACCUAUAAAAAACAAAUUUCCAGUGAUGUUGACGAUACUAAACUCUAAUCACCAACAGUAUUAUUUUUUUUUUUUUUUUUUUUUUCUAAUAUUUACACAUUUACAGUAUAUCCUAGUUGUUGAACUUUGUACAUUGCACAAUUCAAUAUUUUAUCAGAUAAAUUAUUUUCAUAAAAAUAUACAAUUUAUUUAGACUUA